AAUAAUUAGGACAGGGACACAGGGUACACGCUGCCAGUCUCCUUGCACGAGACGCCGCUGCGCUACGGCCUCGCCUCAACUUACAUCUCGAGCUCUGCCUCGCCUUCUGUGUCCACCAGCCAGCCACCGACCCCCUCGUCCCCUGCCCGUACGCCACCGGCCGGGGGGCGAAUGCGGGACGCCCGGGCGGCGCCGUCCAACCCAUGAGGAAGCUGUCGCCGGCGCACCGCCUCAGGUGGAUGCGCGCGCUGCUCCUCGCGCUCCCGCUCCUCUUGCUCCCCGUCCUCUACGCGGCGCUCGGUGCGUCGCGCUCCUCGUCCUCGACGGCCUCUGCGCCGCGCCAGCGGGGAAGGCUCGGGGGCAGGCCGCCCGAGCCGCCGCCAAGGCUGGCGUACCUCAUAUCGGGCGCCGGCCCCGGCGACGGCCCGCGGAUCCGGAGGUUGCUGCGGGCGCUCUACCACCCCUGGAACUGCUACCUCGUCAGGGUCGCGGGGGAGGAGGACCGCGCGGAUCUUGAGGCCUUCGUGCGCGGCCAGGAGGCGCCGCGCCGGUACGGCAACGUGCGAGUGGCCGCGGCGGGGGAGUGGGGCGCCGUCACGCGGAGGGGGCCCACCGAGCUGGCCGCCACGCUCCACGCCGCCGCCGUGCUGCUCCGGGAGUUCGACGGGUGGAGCUGGUUCAUCAAUCUCAGCGCCUCCGAUUACCCGCUCAUGCCCCAAGAUGACAUCCUUCAUAUCUUCUCAUAUAUUCCAAGAGAUCUGAAUUUUAUUGAGCACACAAGCAAUAUUGGUUGGAAAGAGUAUCAAAGGGCAAGACCAAUCAUUGUAGAUCCAGCAUUGCAGGUCCCAAAUAAAACUGAGGUUGUAACAACAAAGGAGAAAAGGAGUAUGCCAUCAGCUUUCAAAAUAUUUGUAGGUUCUUCUUGGGUAGUACUUAGCCGAUCAUUCCUGGAGUUUUGCUUAUUGGGAUGGGACAACCUUCCUCGCACAUUACUAAUGUAUUUCACCAACUUCCUCUCGUCCUCAGAAGGCUACUUCCACACAGUGAUCUGCAACUCGAAAUACUACCAGAACACCACCAUCAACAAUGAUCUGCGUUUCAUGGCAUGGGAUAACCCCCCUCGGACGCACCCUGUUAACCUGACAACAGAGCAUUUCGACGCAAUGGCAAACAGCGGGGCACCAUUUGCACACUCCUUUGCAAAUGACAAUCAUGUCCUGGAUAUGAUCGACGCCAAGCUGUUGGGGCGAGCACCGGACCGCUUCACACCGGGUGGAUGGUGCUUGGGUAGCUCGGUAGGCGGGAAAGACCCGUGUACCUUCUUGGGAAGGUCCUUUGUUCUCCAGCCAACAAAAGGCUCGACAAAGCUAGAGAAAUUGUUGUUGAAACUUUUGGAACCUGAUAACUUCAGGCCUAAACAGUGUAAAUAACACUCAUCUUACAUGUAGCCAGUUUUAUAGUUUUUGGUAGUGAUCAGAGGCCAAAAUGCUGAUGAAAUAGUUCUGAUUGUUGCGGCAGUAGGCACACAGGCGUUGUUAUUGUAUGCUUGCAACUGGAAAGCUCAACUCAAAAGCUAUCGAAAUCAUACAUGUACACUUGCUGUUC